CUAGCGUGCAGUCGACUUUGCUGUAGCCUCUCCUGAAAAUGGCGGGAACUUUACGAUAAUACUCAAACUUUAAUUCGGUACUAAAACAUUGUUUAUAUUAAAAAGAUUUGAAGUAAACUUUUUUGUAUACAUUUUAAUAAUCAAGUUGUGUAAAUUACCUGAUAGUUUUAAUGGGUAACAAAAUGACUAAUAAAAAUCCAAGAUGGCAACAAUUGUUACCAGAACAAUUAUAGUAUGAUUGGUUUCAUAUGAUGAAAAAACUUAAAGGAAACAAAUGUGUGACUGUUUUAACACCAUAGACAAUUUCAACGGCCGCAGUCAAAAACUAUGUCAUAGACAAUGCAUAGCCUCCUUGGAGCGGCAAUAGCGUCGGCGUUUCUGCAAAUAUUACUGUCCUUCACUGCCGUGAGUGGCGUCAGCUGGGAGGAAUGGUGGACCUACGACGGCAUUUCAGGUCCGGCGUUUUGGGGUCUGAUCAAUCCGGAAUGGUCGCUAUGCAACAAGGGACGGAGGCAAUCCCCCGUCAACCUCGAGCCCGAGAAGUUACUCUUCGAUCCGAACCUGAGAUUUUUACAUAUAGAUAAGCAUAGAAUAAACGGACUGAUCAGCAACACUGGCCACUCGGUAAUAUUCACCGUGGAAAAUGAGACUCGCCAUCACAUAAACAUAACGGGUGGACCCCUCUCUUAUAAAUAUCAAUUUCAUGAAAUCCAUAUUCAUUAUGGAUUACACGAUCAAUUUGGAUCGGAGCACGCUGUCAAUGGCUAUUCCUUUCCCGCUGAGAUACAAAUAUUUGGUUUCAAUUCACAGCUUUAUUCAAACUUCUCAGAGGCUUUACAUAAAGCUCAAGGAAUUGUUUCCAUUUCUUUGCUCCUGCAGCUAGGGGAUUUAUCGAAUCCCGAGUUAAGAAUAUUGACAGAGGAGUUAGAAAAUAUAAAGUACGGAGGCGCCGAGAUGCCUGUCAACCGGCUGUCAGUGAGGGGUCUUCUGCCCGAUACGGACUAUUACAUGACGUACGACGGAUCAACCACAGCCCCCGCCUGCUACGAGACUGUUACCUGGAUAAUAAUUAACAAACCCAUUUACAUAACGAAACAACAGCUGCACGCCCUGAGGCGAUUGAUGCAGGGCGACGCGAGGCACCCGAAGGCCCCGCUCGGGAAUAAUUUCAGGCCCCCUCAGCCACUACACCACCGGGCAGUUAGAACUAACAUUGACUUUGACUUGAGCAAGUACCCAGGCAAGACAUGCCCCAGCAUGCACCGAGACAUGCAUUACAAGGCGAAAAGUUGGACGCAGUAUUGAAUAUUGGACGCAGUAUUGUUUGGUUUCGGUAGGCAUUCGUUAAUAUUGUAGCCAAUUAUAGUCAAUUUAAUAAAUAGCUUUUUGUAAGUUGUAUAUAACUUUUGUAAAUAAAAUAUCGCUUCCAUAAGAGCUGAACUGUGUACCUUUAGUGGAUUAUUGUAACUACGCUGGAGUAAUGUAUAGAUUUAUUAGAAAAUGACAAAAUUAAUUAUUAAACCCAUAACAACAUUAUAUAUAGUGUUAAAAUUAAUAUAUAUAAGGGAAUAGAUUUUCAAAAUUUCUUCUCAUUAUUAUCAUUCAAUAGAUAUAUACAUAGGUAGUAAUUAUUCAUUGUUAGCAAAACAUUAUUUGUAAUACUUUUAUCAAUUGUUAAAUUAACUUAAGAUGAUUUCUUUGUAAAAUUUGAAAGCUUAACAUAUUAUUUAGUAAACAGUAGUUAAAAUAUUGUUUAAAUUUUUAAGAAUACAUAUCGUAUUUUAGCAUAGCGAUACUGCUAUAACCAGUAUAAGUCAUAUCAAAUAUAUAAAGAUUAGUUAUUAUAGGUCUUCUGUAAGGCAACAGCUUUAAUGUCGUCUUAGAAUAAUUUCGAAUGACAAGAAUGUAAUGAUUUUCCGUUUGGCUUAUAAAGUACAGAUGUAGAUAUUGAUUGUUAAAUAAAAUAAUACUUUCCUG